AUGACCACUUUCUAUCCUGUGGGAGACUUCGACGCGAAAUCAUUUUCCAAUGCGACGUUGAUACUGCCGGCAGUAUCACUAGGUAACGUACCUCAACUUACAUCCGAUCUACUCAUCACUUCCCUCGGACUCAGAAGAAUAGGAUAUGUAGGACUGGGAGACACUGUGGCCCCGUUUUCUGGGAUAGGAGAUGGCGGCGAGAUAGUGACAGGUGGACUGGAAGUGUAUGGUAAUCAAGGUUCGGAAUUGUAUGUGAUACAGCAGCGAUCGCCAACAUUGAAGACAAAGAAAGAUGAACAUGUCGAAUUGAUACGGCAGUUCAUCGAAUCGAGCUCAUUUGGAUUUGUACUCAUCCUUACGAGUUUGGAUGCGGCGAAUCAAGAUGAUGCUCAAUUAUUAACACCACAUCAACGUGUCCUUCCCCCUUCCUCUUCUUCCUCGUCACACAAAACCUUACAAACCCUCGAAAACACCUUACCGCCCCUUCAGCUCAAUAUCGACAGUGAUCUCCCAACUACCGGAUCAUCAAAUAGUUCCGUCUAUCCACCUUUCUUACCUGCUGCCGGUCUUACACGCAGAUUACUAUCAACUCUGAAGGACUCGUCGAUACCCCACGGAGCUAUCACAGCCUGGUGUGUAGAGGGCGAUAAUUCAGGAGAUGCAAUGUCCUUGGCUCAGGUGGUGCUGAGAUUACUGGUCAUAGAUGAUCAUGUCCAGCUCCAACAGCCCAAAUCGUGGGAAGGUUUAUUUGGGACUGUGAAUGGAUGGAGUGGUGGUGCAGGACAGGAUUCUGAAUUAUAUGGGUAA